AUCUCUUAUCCAUUUCAUCAAACCAGCGGCAGCAAAUCCAUGAUGGAGAACGCCGAGGCAGCAGCAGCAGCAGCAGCAGAGCGCAGUAACAAGGCAAGGCUAGCCAUUAUGGAAUUGGCUAACAUGAUAAGCGUCCCCAUGUCUCUCCACGCCAUCGUCCGCCUAAACGUACCCGACGCUAUCUGGCAAGACGGCGCCAACACCCCGCUCUCCGCCGCCCAGAUUCUCUCGCAUGUACUCCCUUCCGGAAGCGGCGGAGAUCCCGAAAACCUCCAGCGUAUCCUACGCAUGCUCACCAGCUACGGCGUUUUCGACGAACUUCUCGAUAACAGCGGUGAAAGAAAAUACUCCCUCACCGAGAUCGGGAAAACACUUGUAACCGACGCGGAGGGUCUAUCUUAUGCACCCUACGUGCUCCAGCACCACCAGGAUGCUUUGGUGAGAGCGUGGCCGUUGGUGCACGAAGCGGUUUUGAAUCCGACAUCGGAGCCGUUCGUGAAGGCGAACGGCGAGGGAGCUUAUAGCUACUAUGGGAAGAAACCGGAAAUGAAUGGGCUGAUGCAAAAGGCGAUGUCGGGAGUUUCGGUGCCGUUCAUGAGAGCUAUAUUGAACAGCUACGAUGGGUUCAAAGGAGUGAAGAAAUUGGUCGAUGUGGGAGGCAGCGCAGGGGAUUGCCUCAGAAUGAUUCUUCAUAAACACCCCCAGGUUGUUGAAGGAAUCAAUUUUGAUCUGCCUGAGGUUGUUGCCAAAGCACCCAUCAUUCCGGGUGUGACCCACGUUGGAGGUGACAUGUUUGAGUCGAUUCCAGCGGGUGAUGCAAUCUUCAUGAAGUGGGUUUUGACAACAUGGACUGAUGAUGAAUGUAAGGCGAUAAUGGACAACUGUUACAAGGCACUCCCCGUAGGAGGGAAACUGAUAGCAUGUGAGCCGGUUUUACCGAAGGAAUCGGACGACAGUCAUCGGAGUCGGGCGCUCCUGGAAGGCGACCUUUUCGUAAUGACCAUUUACAGGGCCAAGGGAAAGCAUAGGACUGAAGAUGAAUUCAAGCAGCUUGGACUGGCCGCCGGUUUCCCUCAUUUUCAAGCAUUCUAUAUUGAUUACUUCUAUACGGUCUUAGAAUUUCAAAAAUAGAAUAAUAGUAGUAGUAAUAAGAAAUAAGAACCUCAUUUGCUGGUCUUAUUUUGUUUGUUAAUUUUCAUUUCUUAAUUUAUGACUUGGUUAA